GGAAGUAUGUACGCAACGAUCUACGAUUUUGAUUUUUGAAAAGGAACACGACUGGUUUUUUAUUUUCUUCUUCUUCUUUUUUCUUUUUUGAAAGCACUUGGAUUGAUUGGCUUUUUGGACGAGAGGAUUUUUGGUGAUUGGGAUUUCGGUGCGAUUUCUCGACGCUGCGUUCAUCCAUCGGAUGAAGUGAGGUUGGUUUGGUUUGGUUUGGUUUGGUUUGGUUUGGAUGUUGGUUGGUGGGUGAUAAUGCGAUAACGAGACGGUCGGAGAUUUUUUGUUUACCUUUUUAGAGGAUUUCGCAGACAGAUCGAUUGCGCGAUAUUAAAGAGUUUGGAGAUUUGGGGGAAGGGAGAUUUGUUCUUUAGGUUGUGAUAGGAUAAUAGAGGGAGGAUGCCUAGUAGAGGUGAGAGGGAACUUCGGAAGAAUAGGAGUAGGACGAGUCAGGAUUUGGGAUUUGGGGAAUACAAUGCGCAGCAGGGGGGUGAUUCUCAGGAUGGUUAUGGGAAUGAUUAUGGACAGGACAUGAGGGGUGAUAAGGGUAGGAAGGAAAACAGAGGUUCGAGGGAUUAUGAUUAUGGGCCGACGAAAGAGAAGAAUGCUGCUGCUGCCAGAAGAUAUGAUGUUCAGGCUCCUGAUACUUCGAUUGUUUUGGAAGGUUAUAGAGCGGAUAUUUUGAAUGGAUUUGAGGAGCCACAAGCACGUUAUAAUCCGGUGAGUUGCAAAUAGGCUGUGCGUGUGAAGGACUGUGAAAAUAUAUUAAUGGCUAAUGUUUAUUAUGGCAUAGGGAAAUACGGCGCAUCCUCAAAGUUCUAUAUUACUCGAUAUUAACGAUCCAAUACAAGUACAUUUAUUAGUAGAGACAGCAUUAUGGGAUGCAAAGGAGUACGAAAUUUUAUCACCAGAAGAAGUCGAUGAACUGAAAAAACAAUGCCAGUCUUUAAACCAACGAAUUCAAACCGCGCGACAAAAUUUAGUGGUUCAUUCGAAAUAUCGCGAUGCGACUCGUUCCAUGUCAAAAUUAUAUCCGGAUAAGAAGAAGAGCGUGGAUUUGAAUGAUCCUAAUAAACAGAAGCGCGGUAUAUUCGGAAAUAGGGAUAGAAGUAAUAGUGAUCAGGUUCGAGAAGCCGAUUUGGAGCGUGUGGCUAGCGAAAAGAAAUGUGAAGAAUUAGCAGCUGAGUUAUGGUCUUUGGAGAAGAGAUUGAUUGAGCCGGAGCAUCGAUUAUUGAAGCACACAGCGGGGAUUCUUCAGAUGACGCACAAGGGCCCUAAAAGUCAUCCUGGAGGAGAAGAUGCUCUUCAAACUGGUAUACCUGGAAGUCCGGAAAGUAUGUACACGUAUCAUAAUGCUAGGAACAGUCUUGAAUUGAUUGAGGAUGAGUUUGAUGAGAGGAGCUUUUACCGACAAUUGGAUCCUUUGGAUAUAUCUUUUGCUUUUGGUAUGAAUCAGGCAUUGGAAACUCCAUCCACAGAAAGGUCAAAAGAACAUAUGCAGCUCAUCUCGACUACUGAACAAAAGUUGGAGGAUCUUAAUUCUGCUUUGAGAGAAGUCCUUAUUAAGGCCAAUCCCGGACGGGAUGCGAGCCAAAAUCCAGUACCGCUUGCAAGAACAAAUGCUGAAGGAAAACCGACUCAACCCGGAGAAACUUUACAAAAUCAUCUUGAUUAUUUGGAGCAAGGUAUUGCUGCCCUUGAUAUCGAGCAAAGUGCUUCCAAACGACAAGCAGAUGAGCUUAAUGCUUCUAUGGAAGAUACUUUGGAGGAGUUAAAUCGUCAAGUUAAGGGUCUUCUUUCACCUACACAUCCAGAGUUGAAAGAGCCACCAGGUAUCACCGGACAACAAACUGGCCUGAGGGAGCAAUUGUAUUAUUUCCAGGAUAUUAUUGCUUCGGUAGAAGAGGAACUUACAAAGGCAGCCGAAAUAGUUGCGAAUCCUCCUAUUAAUAAGAGUAAAUCUUCCGACAGUGAUCAGAUGGAGGCUGUACUUAUGGGUUUGUGGGAUAUUAUACAAUCUGGGGAGGAAGAGAUUCGAAAACAGAAGCACGAGCGGAAACUUAAUCGGGCAGCGAAUGGUCGUACUCCUCAGGAUGAAUCCGACACUGGUUCUGAGAUGGGUGAUCCAAAUGAGCCAUACACGCUUCAAUCAUUUUCCGCAAAAGUACAGUGGUUGUAUUCUUCGGCUACCAAAUUGAAGGAGCAUAAGAAGGUUCUGCAACGACAAAUCAAACAACAGCGAGAACUGAAUAAUAAGUCAGAUGCUCAAAAAGAUGCUGAGUUAGUGGCUAAGCAAGAAGAGCUUGAUAAGACCACGGAGCUUCUCGGAAGGACAGAACGCAAUGCUGCCGAACUUCAGGAACAACUUAGCAACGUUAUGACUGAAUUGGUGAAGGCAAGGGAAGCCGACAAGAUGGAUGCCGAGGCCCAGGCUAAGGAUUCUGCUGCUCUUCGAGAAACACAAGAACAGCUUGCUAAGGCCCGUCGUUUACACGAGGAGGAACUUAGUAAUUCUCAUCGUGAAGCUUCGGAACGAAUUGCCAGUAUUACUGACGUGCAGCUUCGUGCACAAGAACAGCUUACAGUUGCAACUCGUGAAUCUCAGGAACGGAUUGCUGGUUUAGCAACUACUAAUCGAAAUCUUGAGGAUCAGCUCGCUUCUGCCAAUAAAAAGAUUGAUGAGAUGGAACUAGAGCUUCAAGGGAUCAAAGACGAUUAUGGUAUUAAUAGUGCUGAUGUUACAACCAAGUUGAGUGGGCAUGAAGCUAGGAUCGCAGAGUUAUCAACUGCGGUAGCUGCAGCGGCUACGACUAGAGUUGCUCAUGAGAACUCUCUUAGGGAGAAGGAUAGAUUAUUGGCGCAGAAAGAGAAAGAGGUGGAAGAUAUCAGUAUGAAGGUUGCAGAAUUACAAACGGAAGUUGUUAUUGCCAGAGCGGAACUUGAUGGUGCAUAUGGUUCACGAGCUCAACGUGCUGCUGAAGUUGCUUCGAAUCCUGCUAUUCAACGGGAGAUUGAUGCCAUGACUAGAAAAAACAAGGCGUUGCAAGAGCAAAUGGAUGCCCUCCAUAACAAGAACUUCAUGCUGCAAGGUGAAAUUGCAGAACUUCAAGCGGCGAGAUCCCCAGGUCCAGCAAUUAGCGCCGAAGCGGAAGCGAAGAUUGCAGAGCUGAAAAAGGAACUCGAAGAGACGAUAGUGGAGUACGAAGCUAUGACUAAAGCGUCAAUUGAAUGGGAAAAGGAGAGAGAGAAGUUGGAGGGGAAUAUUGAUAAAUUGAGGAAUGAGAGGGAAAAUCUUGAGAGUCAAUUGAGUGAUGAGAAGGUUAAAUGGUUAGGCAUGAAGAGUCCUGGGGAUGGAAGUUUGACGCCGGGAAUGAUGAAUACAAGUACGACAGUCUUGAAAAAUGAGUUUAAGAAGAUGAUGAGGGAUUCGAGGGCGGAGGGUUUGAGAGCUUUGAGGGUGAGUCUUUUUCCCUUUAUUUUCUUUAGAAUUUUUGAUGUUUCAUUUGGAUGUUGAUGCUAAUGAUGAAUUUAAUAGGCCGAGCAAGCCGAAAGAAAAAGAAUCGAAGAAGAAUUGAGGGCAUUGAAAAAGGUGCAGGGGCCAGGUAGAUCGGUUUUAAGUCAGAGUGUUUCUUGAUUAUAGUCAUAUUCUUGGAGCGGCGUGGGAUUAAUAGGAUAUCAGAUAUCAGAUCAUGAGAAUAGAUUAGGGGUUCUUGAUGAUUAGAUAGUAAUUCUUUUUUGUGGGGGACAGAGGGAAAGGGGAAAGAGGGGAGAAGGUUUAAACGUAUUGAAAGAGCGUCAAGGUGUGAAAGGCGUGGUUUA